UUAUCAGUGGAAGUCAAGCGAGUACAAAUCGUCCGCAUUCUUAUACGAAUUCCAUUAGUCUUAAUGUUGUUUCUAACGAAUAUUUUGCGCAUUUUGCAAUGCUUUUAUUACAUAUAUGGAGCUUUAUUGUAGGCAUUGGAGCAUACAUUGUUGAUGCUGCAAGUUUACCAGAAGGACACGUGGCGAUUGAUAAACCAAGUGAGGUUUUGGCGCAUUCGUCUUCGGAUACGAUCUCAAGCACUUCUAGCAGGACGACAAAUAUUGUACCACCUACUGUGUCUGCAUCAAUCACUAUGACUACAAGCAACCUAAUCGAAGUCACCUCGCGCGCAUCUUCGGGGACGAACGAAACGACCAAGGCGUUUUUAUCGACUAUCUCUUCGUCAAUCACAUAUUUACCAAACGAGGUAAACGAAGUCAGCUUGAGUAUCGGUGAGCAGCCUGUGGCGGAACGUAUUUUCGACAGAAAUACUUUAGUCCCAUCAGAUGUCGAUAAACUAUCUACAGCCUCUCAGAUCGGCAUCGGAUUGGGCGCACUGUGUAUUUUCGUCAUAAUUGGUAUUGUUGGUGUCUACGUUUGCUAUAAAAGAAUGAGGACAUCUCCCAAGGACUCUGAUAAAAAGUCACAAUCUGGUUAUGAAGACACUACUUUAGAUAGCACAUUGGACAUAAGUGGAGCAGCCGCCUCAUACAAUGAUGAACGGAAUUCUCGGUCAUUACCGACGGCCGCAGAUGAUGAUUGCGUGUACGCAAUUCCAAACAAAAGGCGGAGGAAAGACGGCAUUACCAAAGAUGAUGAUAGGGAUGGCACACGAAUCAAUGGCAUGAUCACUGGAUUUGAUAUGAUUAUAAACAACGAACGAAUCGAACGCGAAAGUACUAGGCACUACGACGUGACGACCCUCUAUAGGGUUUAUCAAAGCACUGAUGCCAACGAUUAUGGCUACAAUGUGGCAUCGAUCAAUCCACAUACGCGGAUGGAUAUUUCUAAUGACUAUGAUAAACUCAAUUAAAAGCAAGUACAUUCGAGUGGUUUGCAUCUCUUUGACAAGCGCAUUUUACCGACGCCUAAUGUACAUUGCCAGUAAAGCAUACUUAAGAAAUGCUUUCCGAUGGUUUAUAGAGAAAUAUCAAUGAAUUAAAACUGAUAUUUAACUGUUUUAGAAAGUGAAAAAUAACAGUGAAAAUUAUCAACAAUUUUCAUUGUUUGACCGGAACUAUUUUGAUAUAUCUUUGGUUUAUCUAUUGUGACCCCCAAAUGUCACUAAAGGCGAGUACUCUGCAUUGACUCUUUAUGACAACAUACGGAUAAGCUUGAACAUAGAUGUAAUCACUUUUCUGGGCGCCCAACGGGGAAUGAUAUUGUCCGAAAUGGAAAAUAAUCCAAAAAUAAUCAUUUGUAAGCACGGGAUAAAACGAAAAUCUGU